AUGCAGAUAACCUGUUACGAGGAAACGCACCCGUUCUCCAGCACGUUAUCUCGGCGAGACGAUGCCCAAGUCCCUGGAGAGUAUAUUUGUGCUUCAGCACUCUCUGGCAGGAAUUAUCAGCAGGGCUUAUCCACCCCUGGGCACGCCCCACUGGCUGCUGCCACUGUCAGCCACCACCGUCCACAGCUGAGCGCAGAGGUGCAUGCUGCAGGCCCGCCCACUGCUGCCCAUCUCCUCCAGCAACAGCUCUCCCUGCCACCUCGUACCAGCAGCCCUGUGAUGUCUCUUACACUGGGCCUCACCCCUUGGCUCCUGGUGGGUAUUCUUCGGCCACCAGCCUGCCCACACGAGGAGGAGGAGGAGGAGGAGGAGGAGGAGGAGGAGGAGGAGGAGGAGGAGAACGAAAGUGCAGGCCUGCUGUUUCCUGCUGUGCACUCCUACAGGACAAUCCCACCGGGCCAGCAGGUCGACGCCUGCCUUUGCUCGGCUGCUGGCUGCAGUUCCCAGACGCAGCAGCCAAUUAUCAGACUCCUUGUUUGGCUGGUCAGCUCAAAACUCCUCUUGGGUGAUGUCCACGCGAGAGCUGCAUAA